AUGGCGCACCCAGACAUAUCAAUCGUCGAAACAACACGAUUAGUCGUCCAAUGCGAAGAAAAAGCCGUUCCUUUGUCUCUUCUUGACUGCACGGCUGCCAAUUUCUCCAACACUACCGCAAUAUGGCUCUACGAAAAGUCAACCCUACUCGCCCACAAUGAAUAUCUUUUUGGCCGCCAACUGCGUAGAGCAUUAUCCACUACUCUGGAGUCCUAUCCUCAAUGGUGCGGACAUUUGAAGGCUGUUGAGUCUACAGACGGGACUGUCCCACCAGAAGCCAGGCACUUUCCUCCGCAUGCACGACGCUUUGGACGCUUGUACGCGCAUUUUGGAACCGAGAAUGAUCCUGGUGUGGAAUAUGUCUACGCCAAAAGCCCUGUUACUCUCGAUUCCUUGUAUCCUUCCGACAGAGUCUCCAAUCAACCUAUUUGGCCUUGCCAAUCCACGCUUUUUAAGAAGUUUAUACCAUCUGUACCGAUAGCUCAGCCGCUGAAACAGGCCAUCAAAGACGAAAGCGGUCGCUUGUAUCCUCUCCUCGCAGUCCAGAUCACUGAGUUGUCGUGUGGUGCAUUUGUCGUGGCUUUGAACGAGUCAAACAUCCACUUGGCCCCUGUCUUUGAUCCUACUCUUGUCGAUAAACUCGCCGCUGGAGACAUCAAUGCGCAACAUGCAGGCAAAACCUUUAAAGAACAAGCCAAAUCGUUGCCGAUGCACAGGUAUGAUUGGUGGGCUCCUGGCUCAGCUCCUCCCUGGCCAUUCACGAUUCCGCUUCCUUUCGACAAACCGGACCUCGAACCAGUAGGCAACGCAAUGCCUUGGGCCGAGUGGGAUGUUAUGUCUCCAGUAUCUAAAUCUGUUUUUCACUUCAGCAAAGAACAAGUUGCAGCAUUAUGGAAGAAGGCAAAUGAGGGUUCACCACAAAAGCUUAGCCAACACGAUGCAGUCUUAGCUCACAUAUGGUCCUGCAUAGCCCGCGCGCGGCGCCUGGAGAACGACAAAAGCCCUUUCCACUGCGAUCUCGUCUAUGGCGUCAGGCCAUCCUUUCAGCUAGAUAACAAGUUCCUUGGUUCUCCUAUUGUUAUGAUGAAUAUCGAACUUCCUGCAUCACAAGUCUGCGAUCAUUCCAACCCGACCGAGGUGGCUACUCAAAUCCGCAAUACCCUCAAGACAAUCGCAAAUCCAUACAACUUAUCUGCCCAUCUCCAUGCACUCGCCUACGAAAAGUCCCCUCAACGAAUAUGGCAAGCAUUCUUGGGUCGUCGUCAUGUUUUGGUCACGACAUGGGCACGAGCAGGAGUUUAUGGAAUUGAUUUUGGUCUUGCCUCUGACUGUGUCUACGCUGAAGGUGUUGUUCCAGAAAUGGAUGGCAAUGUUUUGAUCAAGGAAGCACCUGGACCUGUCUCAAAACAUUGGACUGAUAACGGUAUUGAUAUCUCGGUCCAUAUCAAGACGGAUGACAUGGACCGCCUCAUAAAGGACUCGGUGCUCUUCCCAACAACGAUGCCGGGUGAUAAAGACAGUACAUAA